AACUGCCCUCUGAUAAAAGAAAGUGUCCUUUGCCCAGCAGAGUGAGCUCAAUGCUGAACUGAAUCAGGUGCUGGGACUAUUACAUAUUAGGUCAGAACACAGAUAACAGACAUUAUUCAGUGGAGGUAACAGACAUCACAGACAUGGCUGACACAACGGCACAACCAGCACCACCAACCAAGCUUAAUCAGGUUCAAGAUCAAGUCAAUGAUGUCAAAGUAAUCCUGAAGGACAACAUAAACAAAGUUCUGGAGAGAGGAGAGAAACUAGAUGAUCUGAUUGAUAAAACUGAUGACCUCCGGGCAACUGCAGAUUCCUUUCAGAAGACAUCCACACGGGUGGCGCGAAAAUACUGGUGGAAAAACAUAAAGAUGAUGAUAAUCAUAGGUGUGAUUGUGGUGAUCAUCAUUGUCCUCAUCUGUCUGUUUGCCAGUGGUGUCAUUCCCACUUAAGCAUCAGGCCAAACAAUGUUAGCCAUUUAGACUUUACUAAUGUCAUUGUAUGAUUGUACAAAAAUGCAUCUGCUUUGGUUGACUGCUUUUGAGCCUGACGUUGUAAUUCGGGCAAGAGAAUGAAGGCCUGACCAGUCUUAUACCUUUCCUGGGUCUUCAGUCAUUCCUAUUCUUUCAUAGUUUUUGAGGUCUGAUUUUGACGUUCUUCCACAGAUUAUUUUUCUAAAGUAAACUUUGUAAACUUUCGGAAAUGCACACUCCUAUACAGCCACAUUCAAAGCUGCAAUCUCUGCGGCUGAUGCAUGCAGGGCACACUGCCCUCCAAAUCGUGCAAUGUCUCCAGCUGCUUCUUUUUCACACUUGUCAAGUUUGCACAGACACGAGGAAGACAUUUCAUGUACAGCGUCAGCAAGAAGUCUGAUGGCACCCAAUCUGGUGGGGGGGUGGGGGUGGCUGGGGUGCCUUUGGGGAGGGACGUGGCAUGUGUCAACAAACCCUCCCCUGGGCUGUUACAAUACUGGCACAGUCAGGAUUCGACCUCAGACCAUGGCCCAUCCACGCGCUACAACUGUGCACCAUUCUUUAUUCUUAAAAAAAAAAGAUCAUUAAUUUUGCAUGCAUGCUGUGGUAUUGCCAUUUCAAGUUUAUUAGUAAUACAGACUGAAAUUUUGAACAAUAAAUUUGAAUUGAUACUCAAAUAAA